AUGGCGGACUGGAUCACUCCACCUGAUCCCGAGAGGGAAUACAACUUGAUUUCUCAACUCGAACUCCGGAUCGCUUCAGCCCCGACAGACGAGAAGUUCGAGUCGAUAAUACAAAAGUUUCUUCCAGCACUUCUGCUCAAGCUCGCGACGUCUGCACCCAAGAAUCGAGAAUUGGCUACGAAAGUCUGCACCUAUGUCUACCAGCGUGUCAAGAUCAGUUCCGACAUUCAGGUACCCGUCGCCGCGGUGGUCAAGACCUACUCAGAGGCCAAGAUCGCCGGUGUGGUGCAGUUCAGUCUCCUCUUCCUCACGCUGGGCUUACCACGGUUGAAAGACGAGCAAGCCGUGGAGGCACUGUCAUCAGUCCUGCAGUCGGUCGUGCCGAAACAGGAGGCUGUUGAUCCUGCUCAGCUCAAACCAUGGGCUCUCGUCUUUGACUUUUUGUUGGAUGUCCUCCGCAGAUGGAAAGUUCCGGAACGAGGUAGCAAGGAAGAACAGGCAUUGAAGGAGAAGUUUGCACUCACGCCGGGGCAGACAGACCAUCUUGCUUGGAGACUAGGCGAUUGGGUCUUGCAUGAUCCUAAAAAUCCAUCCAACCCUGGUAGUGUUGAUUUUCAUUCGGUCUAUGACAAGAACUACAAGCGACGGGCUGAGACUAUCCCUCCUCUCGGCAAGUUCCUCUUCACUUCAAUUUUCGAAGAUCGUCAGCGCUUCAUCCCUGCCGUCAUUAUGUCUGUCGAUGCCAAUGCGUCCGCCGCCAGCGUGAGCGACGUCAUGUUCAAACAAUGCCAUUUUGAUCUUGAAGACGAUGAGAACGUUGCCGCACUCUUUACGCUUCACAAUGGCGCUCCGACGAAGCUGCGUACUCGCAUCUUGACUUUACUUUCGCGGAGCCAGAAAGCUACCUCUCAUCCGGAGAGAUUCGUGGACCUUGUUCGACAAGAGCUUGACUUAGGAAGUCUCAACCAUGGACCGACCCCGAGCGCGCUCGAAAAGUCCAAGCUACAUGCUGCUUUGUUUUCGUACCUCAUGUGGGUGGUACGAGUCGGUCCGAGCCUCGGAAACGUCAGCGACGAAAUACAGGGCCUGAUGAAAGAUUAUAUCGAUUCUCAAGGCUGGCCUGUAAUGCAGGAUCGGACAUCGGCGAUCGAAAUUGAGCUCCGAGGGAAAGCAUACGAGAGCAUUGGCUUACUGGCCGUGAAAAAGGAUCAACAGCGGGACGAGGACGCGAAUAAGCGAAUGCUGGACCUGAUCGUGUGGCUUUUUGCCAGUUUGGGAUGUGACACGACUGCGGGCAUCAGAAGCAGCAUCGAGGAGGCGAUCGGGCGCAUCAUGAACACAGUUGUCGAUCUUGACGAGUCAAGUCUAUCUCGAUUCAAGACAUUACUUCUCUGGAACAUGAUGGCGCAACCUGGACAGGAAGACACCACGUACUCAUUCCCCAUCGUCAACAGCACCAAAUACCCUGCCGUACGAUUCGCAAACAAGUGCUUACCUUUCAGCGAUAUCGACGCACGAUUCAUCAACAUCAUGGCUCUUGACACCACGGACAGGCGCGAAGUCGCCGAAGAAGGCCUGCGGGGUCUCGAUCCUUACUGGCACGCCACGAGCUCACGGCUAUCUGGUGGUGAUCUGUCGGAAGACGGUAAAAAGUUGACGCUGCCUCGUUUCGAGACCGUCGUCGAGCGGUUCUUCACUGGCUCUCGGGAUGAGAAGGAACUUUACGAAAGCACCACGAGACUCGCAUCCGCGGUCGGCUUUUGCCGCAACGUGCUCGUGUGCAAUGCACUCGAAGGCACGACGCAUCGGCCCGAAGAGUCGACCGAUUGGCAACAAGGCAUCGACGCACUUGUCAACAACGACAAAGAGGUACGAGAAAGGAUCAGACGGCGUCUGCGAGAAGUCGACACGGGUGCGCUAUUGACAUUCCUCAAAAUGGCCCUUCGCGGCGCCUCUCGAGACUCUGGAGAGUGUCUCGAGGUGUCUCUCGAGGUGCUUUCACUUUCACCAAACGGCACGCUGAGUCUUGUGCACGACGCGGCCUUGGCUGCUUCGUCGAGUGUCAUUGCGAAACCAGGGCUGCAGCUUCGAGCCGCUCGGAUCUUUGGCAUAGUUUCGUCUACCGAGGAUGACACCACGAGUGUUACCAAAUCGGAACUAGAGCAGGCUCGAGGCUGGAAUGUAGCUGUCGGAGAGCAGGCCAUUAAAUGUCAAGGACAAAUCUUGCGAGCCUCUUUCUGUCUUACGCGGAGUCUACUGAGGGGACGAAUGGACGGCGAAAACUCGACUUUACAAGCCUUGACGCAACUCGUUUGCGACAUCAUCAAAUCCUCUUCGGACAAGUCUAUGAAAGAUACCGCCUAUAGGAGUCUACGCCAGGUUAUUCUGUGCACAGCACAGCCAUCAAUGGGACCGCCGACGAGCGAGGACUUCCUGAACCCAAUCGUAGCCGAUGCAAAAAAGGAGAGUGAAAUCGCCGUCUCUGCUCUCGGGCCGCUUCUCGGUGUCAUCCAUGCACGUGGUCCAUCCUCAGAAUUUGAAAGUCUCUUCUCACGAGUCCUUGCGCUUCACGAGAUCAAACGAGCAGAGUUCCACUUCGCACUAGGUGAGGCUCUUGCUGUUGCCUGCGCCGGAUGGCGGUCAUCGUCAACCAUGACAGAAUUCGACGUUGAUGCGGAAUUGCCAAGCUGGGGAUACAGCGAAGACUUGAUGCUCACAGUCCUCGAAAAGGUGCUUGAAAAUUGCAAGACCACCAAACCCGCCUUGAAAAAAGCAUCGGCCAUAUGGUUGUUAUGUCUCAUUCAGUACUGCGGCGAUUCAUCCGCUGUUCUCUCCAAACUGAGAGAGUGCCAAGCCACGUUCACCAGACUACUCAAUGAUCGCGACGAAAUCGUACAAGAGACGGGCUCUCGAGGUCUGAGUCUCGUGUAUGAGCGUGGGGAUAAAGCACUUCGGGAGGAUCUGGUCCGAGACCUGGUGCAGAGCUUUACCGGCAGCAAUGCAAAGAUGUCUGGCACUGUGAACGAAGACACGCAACUAUUCGAAGCAGGCGCACUUCCUACCGAGAAAGGCGAAUCGGUGACAACAUACAAGGACAUCGUGCGCCUUGCCACGGAAAUGGGAGAUCCCAGCCUGGUGUACAAAUUCAUGAACUUGGCGUCGAGCAAUGCCAUCUGGUCCAGUCGCGCAGCGUUCGGAAGAUUUGGGCUGGGUAAUAUCCUGGCGGACUCGACGUACCUGGCUGAGAACAAGAAGUUCUAUCCCAAGCUAUUCCGGUACAGAUUUGAUCCCAACCCCAAUGUGCAACGAUCCAUGAAUGAAAUCUGGAGGGCGCUGGUCAAAGACCCAAGCGCUGUCAUCAACAACAACUUCGACCUAAUCAUGGAAGAUUUGUUGAAGUCUAUCGUAUCAGGCAAAGAAUGGCGAGCACGCGAAGCAAGUUGUGCCGCCAUCUCGGAUCUCGUACAAGGUCGGGAUGUCGAUAUUUUUGAGAAACAUCUCGACGAGAUUUGGAAAGUAGCAUUCAAAGUCCUGGAUGAUGUGAAGGAAACGGUUCGCGUGGCGGCUAUCAAACUGUGCAGGACUCUGACGAGCAUGCUGAUCAGAAAUCUCGAGACUGGCGAUGGCAAUACGAAACGCUCAGCUACCAUGCUCAGCCAUGCAAUGCCGUUCUUGAUACAGCAGAUGGAAGGCGGCGCUGGGCAAGACGUCCAACAGUAUGCUAUUGCUACCCUGUUGGAGAUUGUCAAAAAGAGUCCUCCCAAGGCGCUUCGGUCAUACGCUCCACAAAUCUUGGAGACCUUGAUCGUGUCGCUGAGUUCCCUCGAGCAUGAGAGCAUCAAUUACCUACAUCUCAAUGCCGAUAAAUAUGGUUUGACCACAGAGAAAUUGGACAAGAUGCGUGUCUCGAGCAUCAACGCGUCACCAGUGACUGAAGCCAUAGAGCAGUGCUUGGAGAGCAUCACAAUGCAAACAGAGAGCCCUGACGGUGGUGCAGAAGCCAUGGAAGGAGUCGUGUCAACAUCGAAGCCAAAUGCGAACCAGUCAUCAAUUGAUGAUGCUAUGCAGAGACUGCUCGGCACCUACCGAGCAGCCAUUGGAUUACCAUCGAAGGUUGGCUUGAGCAGGGUCAUGAUCACUCUUGUUGUCCGUCAUCCAACCGCCUUUCGACCCUACGUCGACAGAUUUGUUCAGGUUACAAGAAAGCACGUUCUCGACCGCAAUGCCACCAUCAGCGUGGCGUUUAGCACUUCCUUGGGAUAUUUGAUGCGACUAGCCUCGGACAAAGAGAUCCAAGCCACCAGUGAAUACGCACAGAAGCUAUACUUCGAGUCUCAAGAAUUGGUCCAUCGCUCUGUGGCCGGUGAGAUUGUUCAGGCCAUCUCGAAAGCGUCUAAUGAUGUCUUCAUGAAAUCGGCAUCCCGCUUUCUCCCCUUUGCAUUCAUUGGACGACAGGACACCGAUAAAGAAGUGAAGGAACGAUUCGAUGUUCCGUGGAAGGACAAUGUCGGCGGGUCCCGCUCGAUCAAUCUCUAUCUGACUGAGAUUGUGAGGCUUGUAUCCUCACACAUCAAGUCCACCCUAUGGCCCAUAAAACAUGCCUGUUGUUUCGCUGUGGCCGAUAUGGUGUCAUCAAUGGACUCUAGUGAAAAGUACUCCGAGAGUACAGCGAGACUGAUCUGGAAAGUGGUCCAAGAGGCCCUCGAUGGUAAGACCUGGGCCGGAAAAGAAGAGAUCAUCAAGGCAUAUCCGAAGUUCGUGGAGCAGGCACGAUCCAUAUGGAGUGACAAUGGUGUCAGUCAACAGAUGCGGAAGAUUGCUAUCCGAGAGGCCAAACGUACUAAUGUUGCGUAUCGACCCCAUGCUAUUGAGUCACUAGGAGAAUUCGUGUUCGUCCGGAACGACCUGGAUUUAUCUCAGGACGUGGUGCCAUUCCUAGCGGACACCCUGGACGAGCUAACAGACAAGGAUGCGAUGGACAUUGAUGAAACUAGCGGCAAGACCUUCGAAAACAAAACGGUCGUUGAGGCCAGUGUAGGCUCCAUCGUUUCGUGUCUAUUCAGAAUCCUCGCCUCGUCCCCCAAUGCCGAGGUUCUGAAGCAAAGUGCCGAAAUUGUGAAAAAAGCUCAAGCCAUGAAAAGCUAUGUUGUCGAUCUGGCGGUGUACGAAAACGCGAAUGUUUUCGUCAAAAAAUGGCCGAUCAAGCGGAAGUUGGAUGCUGGUGUUGAUGUUGAGAUGAACGGUGCAGAAAAGGAAAAUGCCUCAGCCUCAAAUGGUGCAUUAGCGUCGCCGCGAAAGGGUGCCGAGGAAAGUGCCUAUGAGCGAUUUGAGCCACUUGUUUUGGCGGUGCUCGCCGCCGAGAACAAUGAUGGUCGCCAAGGCUCCGAGCCGGAAAACGUGCGCAGGGAGCGAGUCGCUUUGGCUGUGGCUCUAGCUGAAAGAGGCACCCGGGUAUCUGCACCGUUAGCGGCGAUCCUCACCACCUGGGCGCGCACCGAACGGUCUAGACUUUUACGUGAAGACAUCCAACGUGCCCAACUCCUCCUUUAG